UUCACCAGUUAUGUCGAGCAUCAGGUGUGUAGUUGUGUAAUUCGCCCAAGUGCUAUUCAUAGACUGCAUGUGUCUUGCGUAGCUGGAACUGGAACUGGCCCCUUCCCUUGUUGUAGCUCAUAUCAUGAAUCCAGCAAGCCUGCCUUGUCUCUCCUGAGUUCCGCGUGUACUUUCCGACUCCACUUCCUAUCUUUCUCGUCGUCUCUGCCCGGCAUUUGCUCCACGCUCAUGUAUUCGCAGGCUAUUGCCGAUCCAGCAUGUUUGCUACUGCACUCCCCUUGGACUGGUGCGCGGUCGCCCUUAUCCCGCUGCAGAAACAGAGCAGAGCCAUGGUUCCCUUAAUAAAGGUUCAUUCAGGCUGCGCUCAUGUUUCCACUUCUCGCCCAGAUAGGAUUCAAAUUCCUUUCGUUGGUCGAGCGCCCGUCCGGAGCCUUUGCCUUCUCCGCGUCCCCCUCCCCUCCCCCCCCCAAUCUAUUCCUUGUGCCCAUUUGUGAAGUCGAGCUGCAGUCUGCGACAACGGCUACUUAUCUCUUGUUGCUCGUCUUAGAAACGUUUCGAUCGGUAGCGCGGGUGGGUGCUCGAGAGCGGGUCGGGGCGUGAGGGGCUUCGCUGCGCAAGUUGCUUCCGCCUGCCAUCUAGCGGGC